AUGUGGCAGCGAUACCAAAGUGAAAUUCAAUGCAUACAAAAUCUGAAGAUUCCCCGACGACUCACCACAGAAAGAGAAACUCAGUAUGAACUCCACGUCUUCUCAGACAGUUCCGAAAAGGGUUAUGCGGCCGCAGUCUACCUACGCUGCGAUUCCGGAAACCACGUGUUUUCCAACCUCGUCACGGCCAAAUCCAAGGUGUCAUCUCUGAAACGAGUGACUAUUCCACGGUUAGAAUUGUGCGGUGCAGUGUUGGCAGCUCAACUGUUGCAUUAUGUCUAUGAACUUCUCAAACAACUACUAUCUAUCAACGCCAUGCACGCCUGGACUGAUUCAACGACCACUCUCGCCUGGAUUCAAUCAUCUCCACAUCGCUGGGCUACGUUUAUUGCAAACAGAACUAGCCAAAUCCAGAGCCUCACACCACCAUCACUCUGGCGAUAUGUUCCAACCAGCGAAAAUCCAGUAGACUGCGCAUCUCGUGGACUCUACCCUUCUGAACUUCUGAAACAUCCAAUGUGGUGGAAUGGACCUGCGUUCCUGGUCCAAGAUCACAGUACAUGGCCCUUAUGUUCUGCUGCGGCCGUCACAGACCUUGAAGCACGAACCACAGUCCUCGUGAUAACCCCGACCAGCACCAUUUUCGACCGCCUCUUCUGUCGAAUUUCGUCAUUACAAAAGAUCAUUCGCAUCAUCGCAUAUUGUAAACGAGUUUUUGCGAACAUCAAACCCAACAGAAUCGAACCAACAACCACUGAACUAAGUCACGCACUGGAGGUCAUUAUACUCGCCGUACAAAGCCAAGCAUUCGGUGACGAACUUACGCAGCUCCGCGAUCCUACUCACAAAGGCGCUAACAAAUUACGUGGCUUAAAUCCAUUUGUUGAUAACCGUGGAAUCCUUCGAGUUGGAGGUCGUCUGGUCCACGCUGAUCUUCCGUAUGAGCAGAAGCACCCUAGUCUUCUGCCGAGGACACAUCGAUUUACUCACUUGCUAAUUGACGACACUCACCGUCAACACAACCACCCGGGGGCUAAAACACUACAAGCCAUCAUCCAGCAACAGUAUUGGAUUGUAGUCAGUCGCCAAGUAAUUAAAUCUCGUUUACGUCACUGUAUUGCCUGCUACCGAAUUCGUCCCCGAGGAGUCCAGCCCAUAAUGGGAAAUUUGCCAAAAUUCCGUUUACAGCAAAUAAAACCAUUCACCGCAGUCGGGGUCGACUAUGCUGGUCCAAUCACGUUAAAACCAUCAAAAACACGCAGCACUGUACCAUGCCAAGCCUACAUAUGCCUCUUCGUCUGUAUGGCAACCAAAGCGCUACAUCUUGAACUCGCCUCAGACUUGUCCACAGAAACUUUUCUGAUGGCCUUUAGUCGUUUCAUUUCACGCCGAGGCCCAGUACAACAGAUGCACAGUGACUGUGGAACCAACUUUGUAGGUGCCUCCAAGUUGUUUGAAAUAGUUGAUAAAUUCACACAAUCCACUGAACACCAGGAAAAGUGUAGGAACUUUCUCACAGCGCGGAACAUCAGCUGGCACUUCAAUCCACCAUCCGCACCUCACUUCGGGGGUCUUUGGGAGGCUGGAGUGAAGUCAACAAAAACACUGAUUCACAGAACGAUUGGUCUCCAUCGACUCAAGUACGAAGAACUCAGUACCCUUUUAACGCGGAUCGAAGCCACACUAAACUCACGGCCAUUAAGUGCACUCAGUCCUGAUCCAUUGGACUUCGAUGCACUAACGCCCAGUCAUUUUCUUACACUGAUGCCCACCACUUCAACCGUCGAUCCGAACUUAGAUAACAUACCAACGUCACAUUAUAAACGCUGGAAACUCAUUUCGGAACUCCACACACACUUUUGGAAACGUUGGAAAAACGAAUAUCUACAGACUCUCCAGCUUCGAUCAAAAUGGUCAACCGGUCAAAAGAACCUAACGGUCGACACAUUGGUCCUUAUUCGAGAACCAACUCCUCCGUUGUGCUGGAAGCUUGGCCGGAUCACAGAAGUACAUCCAGGACAAGAUGGUGUCGUCAGGGUAGCCACCGUCAAGACUGCAACCGGGCUACUCAAACGUCCAACGGUCAAACUCUGUCCUUUGCCAAUAUGUUGA